AUGGGCUGCGCGGUGAGCGUCCCGGUUUCGGGGCUUCCCGAGCGCGCCGGCGCCCGCGCGGGGCGUCGUUCACGCCAGAGACCGCUUACCAAGGCUGAACGGCUCGCCCUGGAGGAGCGAAGACGCGAGGCUCGCCUCAAGGAGGACGCCGACCGGCACUUCUUCAACGCGACGUUCCACUACCAUCACGGCGGAUGGGAGGAAGCCGCGCGGCUGUGCACGCUCGCCAGGGAGCAGUGGCCCGCGCACAAGCGCGCCAUAAUGCUCCGGUGCGAGGCGUGGAUCAAGCUUCAGCAGUGGGACGCCGCCAUGGAAGACGCGGACGCGUGCAUCGCGAUGGGACACCGCGAGGGGCACAGGGUCCGGGGCGCGGCGCACCUCGCGAGGGGAUCGCCGCGCGACGCCGUCGCCGACCUCAACAUCGCGCUGCGCAUCGAGCCGUCCGAUCGCAAGGCGUGGCGCCUUCGAAGCAAGGCGCACGAGGCGCUGGGUAACGCGCGCAGGGCGGCGGAGGACGCCGCGGAGGCUGAGCGGAAGGACGAAGACGCAGACGCCGGGUUGUGCGUCGUUUGCAUCGACGCGCCCCGAGCCACGCGUCUAAACCCGUGCGACCACAACGCGCUGUGCGCCGAGUGCGCCAGGGAGUGCCAGCGGCACCACGGCGUGUGCCCGAUAUGCAACGCGCGGAUCAAGGCGAUAGAGUACGGAUCGUUCAUGGGCACGUUCGCGCCGGCGAGCGAGGACGACGUCCUGUCGAACGACAGGCUGGCGUCGGCGAUCAAAAAGGCGAGGGACGAGAGCGCGAUGUGCGCCACCCUGAACCCCAUCGGCGAGCUCGGGUCGCCUUCUAGCAGCGGCGACGGCGACGGGGAGAUUCGACCCGUCACCCCCGACGUCGACGACGGUUCGGGUCUCCCCGAUUACGCCGCGUACGAAGUCGGCGGCGACAUGAGCGACGAGGACGUAGGCGGGGGUUUAGGCGGCGUGUCCGACUCGGAGCCCGGGACGCCGGACCUGAACAUCGCGGGGUUUGGGCACACGCAGGAGAUCGCGUCGCCGACGCCCAUGGGGGACAGGGCGCAGCAGCUCCUGGUGUACGACUCGGAGGAGGAGGAGCCCCCGCCGGUGAUCGGAGGUGACGGCGGCGGAGCCCGGAGCCGCGUCGUCGGCGACGGGGCGGAGCCGGGUACGCCGUGA